AUGAUGGGCUGUUGCAGCAGGAGCAGGAGCAGGAGCAGGAGCAGGGUGGUUUGUCCAGUGCCAGCGCUGCUGCUGAUGCUGCUUCUCCUGCUGAGCCCCUGUUCAGCUGAGCUGAACGGUGCAGCGGUACGACCGGCGGCCCGGCGGCUGCUGGUGUCGCGGCCGUCGACGAGCCGGCAGAAGGCCGAGGAGCAGCAGAUGAAGGUCGGCGGCCGGAGCACGCCCUUCAAGCAGGCAGCCGCCAGCUUCGGCCGGAGGAUACCCAGAUCCGGCUGGAAUCCCAUCCAGAACAGAUGA